AACAUGGUUAAUUUAGUGAAUUUUAAAAAUGGACACGUUUUGAAAAUCUUUUAAUUUUUGAGUUCAUUUCAAUGGUUUGCCAAAACUAGCUUAUUUGGAACUGAUUGUGCUUUAAAAAAACCUUCUAAAUGUUCCAUGAUCACAAAAGAUGAACGAUUCCGAGGUAGACAUGGAUGAAUUGGAGGCUCGCCUUUACGGCCAAGUCCACCACAUGCCGGAUUACACUGAGGACGUUGCCACGCAGCCGAAUCUCCAGAAUAAUCCCGCGAACAAUGUCAUGCGAUAUUACAAUAGGCCAAUCUCGACACCGAUUCAAUGUACGCAGACAGCGAACUACGACAAGUUCGGCGUUUACUCGAUUCCCGUUAUGAGUCCACCGGUCAACAACAUAGUCGUGUUACCGCCGCCGCCGACGCAAAUUUUCACGCACCGGUCGCAUUCGCAGAAAUGGGUCGAGCAAAUCAUACAGGCGUGCUCGAAGAAUAAGCGAGCAUUACGUAAACUGAAAGAGAAGAGGAGGCGAGACCGCAAGAAACUGGUAAACGCCAGCCAAACAGGCGAUUCUAUGAUCAGCACCAUCGAUUUAUCGGAGAGCUGCGAACCGGAGGACUUAAAAAACGUGUGCCUGAUCAGCGACGACGAGUCGAACGGCUCGGACGACGUUAUCAUUGUCGAAACCAAGGCCGAGGUUAUCAAUGUUGAUUGCGAAACCGAACCGGUCGCCCCCGAACCACCUGCCCUUCCGCCCGAUAGCCUAAAUGUCUGCGAUUCGAACGCGUCCUUCGAUUUCUUAGAGGGCACCAGCUUGUGCAAAGGCAAAACGUCGACGCCUAACGCGAAGACUGAGCGCAACGAAACGGACAGCGGCCGUAGCAGCACUCUCGACUAUUGCGAGAAUCUGACGGGCCGGGAGAUCGCCGGACCGUCUAGUAGUACGUUUUCCGAAUUGAAUUUGGACGGUUUUACGAGUUACAUCGCGUCUAAUGGGAAACGGUCGGCGGACGAUGCGUCUCUCUCGAUGUCGCUUGCGAGUAAGAGAGUGAGACAGGUCUCAGCCAACAGUUCCGAUUCCAGCUCUGAGAGUGACACGGAAAGUUUGCCAGAAGUCGACCCCAAAAGUGAAAGUGCCAGAGAUGACGAAGAGUGCGGGGUGCAAAAGGAAGAAGAGGUAGUGACGGUUAAUGAGAGCGUCCCGUUGGAAGUUUCCGUGGUUGACAUUGACACAGUAGCCGAGGAAAACGAAGUUAUUUGUAUAGAGGAUGACAAUAGUAGCCCGAGUGUCGAGGUGUCGGCCGACAAUACUCACGAAGGCUUCAGUAAGUACUGGACGGACGACAUGGAUCAGUUUUACAAGGAGAGUUGGGGGCAGGAGGACUUUAGCGUCAUCGAGCAACAGCGGCUUAUGUCCGAUGAUCCGAGUAUGUGGAGGGUAAUCGCAAAGGAUAGGCUUAACACGGUCAAAUCGAGGGAUCCGAGAUGUCGAAGGUGUCUGGAAUUUGGUCACCUCGCCUUUAAGUGUACCACGAAGUUGAACCCCGUCACUUGUUGUCUAUGCGGAACGAAGGGGCACAGGGAGAAUCGCUGUCCGAAUACAGUUUGUACUUCGUGCGGAUUAAAGACUCCAUGUUACACGACCUUCUGUCAAAGAUGCGUGAGUAGACAACACAUAAAGUGCUCCAUUUGCGACAUGUUCGGUCACGCGGACUCCCACUGUCCCGACUUAUGGCGACGGUAUCUUUUCACGACCAGGGAAGGCGAGGUUCAACGGCCAGAAGCAGGAGACGAGAAGCGAUUAGAAGACCUCUGGUGUUCGGGCUGCGGUACGAAUGGUCACGUCGAACAGCACUGUCGCUAUUACAGAUCUCACGCAGCCGUCAGUGCCACUAUUCACAGCUUUCAGAGCGUGUACAUCAGCAAGCCAAAUUCUCCUGAAGUUGCAGAGCUCGUACAAGACUGGCACAUAAGUUCUUCCAAGAAUAAGUAUCUCGUGGGGAAAGAGGCGUCGAUAUUCUUAAAGACACUCCAAAAGAAAACAGCCGUCAAUGUUUCCAUUAAGGAAACUCCUCAAAAUUUACACCUCUUACUGUCUGGAGGUACAGAAGAGAGUCAAUCAAGUGUGAAAGACGCGAUACAACGGUUUAUAGCUGCAAAGAAACUAUUUGCUAAGCAAAAGCAGCUGUCUUUCAGCAAACAGACAGCAACGGUACAGUCGCUUGAAACUAACUUAAACACUUUGGAAGAUGACACUAUAGACUGGCGGGGUGUAGCCCGAUCAACUUAUACACAAAUUAACCGUCAAUCUUUGUCUAUGCAAGACUGCAGUACUGAAACGAUAUAUAAAGAGAUCGAUGACAAUAUUAAAUCGCUAUACCAGAAAUUGAACACGAUAAUUAUUGCCAAACUGGACAGUAAAUCCCACAUGGAUACAUUGCAGAAAUGUCUCGACACUGGAUCGAUGGCGUUUCAUUCAUUCCACCACGUUUUUAAUAGCGACCACUCCAUUUUUCCCAACUACAACGAACUAAUCGCCGAAUUACCGUGCGCCUCCACCCCUAACUUCGAAGAGGCGAGAAACGAAGCCGUCGCCGUGUGUAAGCGGCGCAAGUUCCGGGUUUGGUUAAAGACCGUGCUACACUAUUACAGUUGUCUUAUAAUAUCGAAUUAUUCCGAGAAAUACGUUCCUUUGUUUCAACUCGCCUGCUCUAGAGCUAGCGCUGCCAAAAACGAUCGAAAGAAGAAGUAGUCGUUUUGUGAAGUUGCAAAUGCGCGAAAAUCUCCAUUGUGUAAGAUCUUUUGUAUGAAAAAUACAAAUUUUUACCUCUUAA